AUGAGCCAGAGGAAAGAAAUUGAUGUAUUCGAUUGUUGUGAUGGUGAUCGUAUAGUAAAGAGAUCGGCUGAUGAAGAGAUUGCAGAAAGAGUUGGUGGAUUAGCUAGGGUUCCUGUUAAAUUGAGAGAUGAUAAAUUUCAACUUCCAGAUUCUGAUCUAUUGAAAGUUUUACACUACUACAUCAGUAAUAAAUAUCCAGAAAAGGCAAGAAUAUUCGAGGAAACGUCUUUAAUAACAAUGGGUUUAUUAGUUGAACAUUGGAUGGAUGAAUUUAUUGGUGAAACUUCAGCUCAAAUGUAUGCUGAGUUCGCAAAUGGUGAUGGUGCUUCAUCACAAACAUCAAAAAAGAUUGCAGAACGCAAUGAAUGGAAGAGAACUCAUAACUUUGAGAAUAACGAAAAUAAAAGACAAAAGAAACAAAAAGAUGUAUCAUCAGAUUCAGAUUCAGAAUCGUCAUCAUCAUGA